CCACCCGAGCGCUUUCUCUCUGCCGUAUCCAGACGCGAGUGAUCUUAUCUCCCCAGCCCUCCUUUUAGCCUUUUAGGACCCCAACUUGUAAGCCGCCGGUCGAACCUUGUUUAUUGGACAUCUUGACCUACCGAGCGACCGCGACUUAUCCAUCAUCUACUUACGAAGUCAUCAAGUUCCUACAUCUGCACUUCUGCGCAUACGCACACUCCCUCCUCCCCUGAUCUGCGAGCCGGGCCGCUUUAUGUCACCCGCGCAUAUUUCAUGGUGUGUGUUUGCUAUAUCGAGGUCAAACCCGCCGAGUAGAGCGAGGAUCCUUGCUCAGUCCUUGGGUUGUCCCGAUCGACAUCCCGGUCCACUCUCCGAGCUUCUACCUACUGGUACAAGAUACAUACAUCGGUGAAGGCCCGACCCCAGACGGCACAGAACACGCAUCUGAUUAUUAGUUUCCCUAAUAAGAAAACAUGCCCGCUGUCAAUCUCCCUCUACAGCAGACCCACGGCACCUUAUAUACGGUACCGGGGACCCAUCUGCGGCUCUUGUUCACCUUCUUAGGAUUCACUUCCCUCGGUGUAUUGCUACUAGUGUUCAAGAGAUAUAAGUUACGUUCCCCACCCUACACUGGCCAGCUAAAUGCCAGCCCUGCUACUCUUCAGAAACUUUGGAUUUCAGAGAAGUCACGCGGAAUCGUCUUCCAGAACGACAUCAUGUCAGUGAAUCAGCCCUCAGGAGUCUCCCAGCUGUCCUCAGCCGGGGGCAUAAGCGAAGGGGAAAAGAAACAUCAGCAUAGGUCCAAUGACCGAGAAAGCAGCGAGGGGCAUCAGGGAGAUAUGACAGCUUCCAUGAGCAUAGACGCAGGCAUGCCACUGAUCCUUAAAUCUGGUCCACCGCCGCCGCCGCCGCUAACACCACCUACUCUCUUGACAGGGGUUUUUAGUUUUCAGGACCGCCGGCUAAGCAUCGCGGCUUCUAGCAUGGGCGAUCUGGAUACGAGCUUCUUCCAGCAGCCGAAUCCGGAUUACACAUUAUCACCUUCGCCGCCAGAGUCCAGCACAACUGCGUUGGCCCACGGCGGUCAAGAUUCUCCCUCUAUUCCAAGGAGAAGGUCUUACACAAAGAUGUUGCCUCUGAGCCCAGCGCAUACAGACUCGGGGCACGAUGAGGCAGCUUUCUCCCCCAGCUCAUUCCCAUCCUCGAGCCCAAUCUUACCCCUUGCGCCACAUGAAUCGCUCGAUUCUAGGGAGAUCGAUGUCAAGGGCGAGAUUAUCUCAGUAAUGGACGAUUCAGGCGCCGGUUGGAAGCGGCAUACGCGAGUAUACGGCGGAGGUGUUUGCUUAGCUUGCCUGGCCUCUGGGAGCCAGGGAGGAUUCUAUGGCGAUAAUGUUCCCCUCGAGCAUCGCCGUUAACCAUCGGGGCCUCCGACGGGAAAAUAGGGUGGGUUGGAUUUGGGUUCCCAACAAAGAAGGAACGGCCAAAGACUUGACUCGUCCUAGAAUAUCAAGAUGUGAGCAGCAUCCCGGAGGAGCCGGAGGAGUUUCGAUGCUUUUUUAUUUUUAUUUCUUUUUUAGUCGGCGGCCACGCUAGGAAUUACGACGCGUCUACCCCGAGCUAAGACUGAGAUAUUCAUUCCCUAAAACCGCCCGGACAGCUUUUCUACACACUUCCGAAGUGAUUUUGACGUAUCAUUUUUCUCUACUUAGGGCGG